AUGCGACUCAUCAGUCCAAGCAAAAUCCCUCCAUUGGCAGUGGUACUCUCAUUAGAAAGUAUCAUUGGCAUCACAAAAGAGGUGGUGCAACCAAUUCCUAUUAGUUGUGAGUGGGGGAUAUGCAAGGCAGAGUUGAAUAGCUGGAGUGCACUCUUCCAUCAUAUGCAACUACAUCUGCAGGCAGCCAGAAACAAGGAUAGAGGCUUUGAGUGUUGCUUCCAGAAGUGCACUGGUCGCAUUCAAGGAACAUACUCUGAUCUAGAAUCACAUGUGGAACUUAGCCAUUUGGUCAGGGUGCAUUUGCCAUGCCCCGUGCAAGGGUGUUCCCAAGUGUUUGCACGACAUGGACAGGUCUCAAUACACUUCCAAGAAGAUCACCCUCACCUUAUAGACAAGACUGUUCCAUUCAAAUCGCAUGUUUUGAAGUCGAUGCGCCAGCCAUCUCGUAUCCACAUUGCCCAGCUUGCUCCCAUCCCCUCGGAAAUGACGGAGUUGUUUCAUCUUCUAUCCUAUCCUGUUGCACGAGCUUGCAAGCGUGCUCAGCGACUCUCCCAAGAAUCACGCAUAUCCCGGAAAUGGAGUCGCAUGAUGGCAUCGCAGGACACCGAGGAUAGUGCAGAUGCCCAGCCAUUCGACAACCUCACGAAGUUCGAGCCUCCCGCCAACUUCAACGACUUCAUUGUUUGGCGAAAGCCGUCAGAACCCGCAAUGCAGCUCUCUCGUCCGCAGUUUAUCUCGGUCCCAUCCAUCCCCGAGGUCCCUCCACUUCUCAGUAUGAGCUACAAGGCAUUCUUUGCGAAGUUCAAGGAGCUGGAGAAAGCGGGACUCGUUGAUGGGACGGGAGAAUGGCCCGAAAGUGACGAGGGCGAAGACGUGAUAUUACCUGGUCCCGGACCACAGCCAGAACCAAGCUAA